GCUUUCUCCAACAAUAUGCGCCGUGUAAACCCAAUGAAAACUAAUGCACCUGACUCCAAGGGUUAUGUAUGUUGGCAUCCCAUCUUCGGGUGCACUCUUUCGUAAAUUACCAUUUAAAUCGACAGGCAGGCAACUUUAAAGUUUCUGACAAUAGUACUCUUGCAUCACUAAGAUCGUUGAACCAGACAAACUAUAGGAACUCGAUAUAGAUAUUUGCGUGUAAACCCAAUGAAAACCAAUGCGCCUGACUCCAAGGGUUAUGUAUGUUGGCAUCCCAUCUGUUCGUUCAAUUCAAGCUCUCGUGAUAAACUGGCAUUAAAUUGCAUUAUGGAUGGGGAUAGUGACGAUAAUCAUGGCGUCCAAGUUGUCGGGAUAUAUGAUGAUGUCCGAGCUGAUACAGCUGAAAUGACAGAGCAUGGGAAGUUUAAAGAGGAGGAGGAGAAGGAUGUCGAUACCGACGGACACCUCCUCGUCGACCACCAACAUGCCAACAAGAACGAAGGCGAUGAUCACGGGAUAGAACCUUCUAAAACUUUAAAUGAAGGAUCAGUGGUUAUUGAGCUUGAGCAGCUUUGUCAACCAUUAAAUGGACGGUUCUCUCGAAUCGAUAAGAAUUACAACGCGACCCAAAAUACUGAUAUUUGUCAUGAUGAUGAUGAACAUGAAUCCAGAGACAACCAAGACAGAAAUGGUGUUGAAGGUAAAUCGGAGGAUACCAUAGAUCAAACGAAGAAAAAUGGAACCAGAAUUUUCAUUGCUGUUAAAGCAACUUAUUUUCUUUUCGUUGCUGGUGUGGCUUGCUUGUUGCCUUUCCUUCCAGUCUAUAUGUCAUACCUUGGACUUGGUGUGAUGGAUAUUGGUAUAAUCAACACUCUGGGACCCUUCUUCGCCAUGGCGGCAUCAUCUGUAUGCGGAACAUUAUCAGACAGAUUCAGUUUGCACAAGGUAAUGCUACUCACAUGCUAUUGUGCAACAGCUUUGGUUUACGGAAGUAGCGUUUUCAUGCCCUUUAUUUCGCCCAGUCUGAGCACUCACAUGAAUUUUAAGCAUACUGAGCAAAACGCGAGCAACGCAACAUCUUACAUGGAGCAGACACUAAACGUCUUCUAUCAUGUAGAUCCAGAGAAGUCGGGAGGCAAUUAUUCUUGUAGAUUCCAGAACACAACGCACUCGGACUUCAUGGACCUACGUACAUGCAAGUUCUCAAUAAUCGACAGGCGAAACACGUCGAAUAUUGCAUCGUUUCUGGAGAAUCUCUGUGGAUGUUCGUUUACUGACUUUACAACAAUUACCGCUUCUGAUCACGAAAAUGGGAGCCGUCGGAACGGAGAUGGUGUUGUUCCAAACGAAAUUUGUCUAUUAUACAAUGAUUUGAUGAAGGCAUAUGUCGAUCAAUACAAUUUAAUAGAGUGUGAUUUAUCAGCAAAGUACAAAGAUUCUUUCAACGGUGCAGUUCUUGUAAAUAUGUAUGAUGAAACACAUUACCUGAACGGAAGUGCCUCUCAAACUCAUGACAUGCAGGAGGGGGAUUAUCUCGAUAUUUUUGUGAUUAUGCUCGCGAUAUGCCUCAUCGGAUCUAUGUUUAAAUUCUCAGCUGAACCUCUUCUUGAUGCGUCCACAAUGACACUCAUCGACGAAUUUAAAGAAAUUGGGCAGAAUUUUGAGUAUGGCCGCCAGCGAGUGUUCGGGGCUAUAGCACUUGCAAUAUUUGCGCCCCUCUCAGGUAUCGUUGUCUCGUCAUAUGCUUCAGUCAAUCCGGACGGAUUCAACCUGUACCUUCCUGCAUUUAUACUCUUUGUAUCCAUGAUUGCACUUUCUACAGCAACUGCUUCUCGUAUCCCAAUCCGCGUUAAACAGCAAAUCACAAAGUACUCUUUUAGGGACGCGAAAGACAUCAUCUUAACACCGAAGGUUAUCGUUUUCUUUUGUGUCAUGUUCACAAUAGGAGUCAUGAUGUCAUUCGUCAAAACAUAUUUAUUUUUGUUCAUAGCAGAAAUAAAUGGAGAUGAGACUGUUAUGGGUUUGAGCUUGACCGUUUGCUGUGUUGCUGAGGUGCCCUUUAUGAUGUUUGCAUCGUUGUUCAUUGAUAAGCUCGGUCACCGAAGUGUCCUUGGAAUUGCUCUCGCUGGCUACGUCGUGAGGUUUAUCUGCUACUCUCUCCUGCAGAACCCUUGGUCCGUCCUACCAAUUGAACUUCUUCAUGGGAUUACUUUUGGCUCCAUGUGGCCGGCAGCAGUAUCCUAUAUUCAUCAAAACUCCCCUCCAGACCUGGCCAGCACCUUGCAAUCACUUACGCAAAGCAUCACAAACGGUUUCGGACAGGGGGUCGGAAUCCUUAUUGGCGGAGUCAUUUACGACAACUUUGGAGCCAGGAUCCUUUUUGGGGGAUCCGCCAUUUUGUCUCUUGUGACACUCGUCUUGUAUUUCGUCGUCAGUCUCAUCCUCGACAGACAAGAAAGAGAUCGAGGAUACGACAAGUUGUGAACACUAACCAGAGUUUCAAUUGUGUCACUCCAAUGGCACUCCCCAACCUCUAACUUUCAAUACAUGCUUCACAUUGAUGGCUGCAAAAUAUGAAUUGAUCAUGAUAUAUAUAUUAUAUACAUAUAUAUCCACUUGGUAUGGGAUUGGUUGAGGUUUCCAAAAAGUGAUCAAUGCCGGGGCAGAGCAAUUAUAUAUUCAUACCUUGGUCAGUUCCGUCCACUACCGUCGGUUUCACGCUUUCGGCGAUCUUCAGGCAGACUGAUGGUUUGACGACUUGGUUGAGUCUGCAUGCUGCGAUGGGUCGUCACACCUGAUUGGUUUUCUGGGGGGUCUUGGCCGGUGUCUGUGGCGGCACUUUGAUAUUAUUUCUGAUCUUUUGUUGAGGCACUUUUUGCUAUUGGUGAUAAUGACGUAUUUCUCUUCUAGGCAGAGAUUAAUUGCAGACUCGGAGCCCACUCUUUCUUAGGUUAGUGUUAGACUUCUGCUCUAUCCCCCACGUUAAAUCAAAUUUGGUGUUUGCUUCCUUUAGUUUCCAUAUAUACUUAGAGAGUUGAGUUUCAUUUUUGUGUUUUUCGUGUUUCAUUGAUUUGAUGUGAUUUCUGUAUAUGUCCUUGAAAGUACCCCGCAAGACCAUAGUAGCAUUUUUCCUUGUUUCCAUGUAGGAUGCUGGCUUUGUAGACGAGGGCCAUUUCUAAACAUCUCUCUUGUAGUGGGCACUGUGUUUUUACACGACAAUUACAUUUCUGCCUCGGCUCCUCUUCGCUAGUCUUGGCUUGUUUGAUGACUCUCUGGUUGUGUGUUUUCAUUACUCCAUCCAUGUUUCUCAUGCAGCUGUAACUGACUUUAACUGUAUUUUUAUUAAAUAUUUGAU